AUGUCUCCGAGCGCAGUGGAGGUAGGGCGUGCAAACGCAAAGCCCGUCGCUAGGACGGCAUCAGCAGACACGAGCAGCCAAGCAGCAGCGGCAGCAGCAGCAGCAGCAGCAGCAGCAGCAUCUCAUGCCUCUUCAUCACCGUCACCGACAUCAUCGCCAUGGCACAGCCGCACCCUCUUAAUCAUCUGGGCAUUCCUCGGCCUCCUCUUGACUCCCCUUCAAGCGCUGAUCUACCUGCUUCGCAUUCCCUUGCGCAAAUUGCUGCUCCGCAUGCUCUCUCUCGGUCCCAUCCCGCGCCACAUGGCUUUCAUCAUGGAUGGCAAUCGACGCUGGGCAAAUUCUCAAAAGGUCCCGCUUCCCGUAAAACAGGGACACAUUUCGGGAUUCGGAGCGCUCAAGACCGUGCUGGAAGUGUGCUUGGAAUUGAGAGGCUUGGACACGGUCAGCGUGUACGCUUUCGCCAUUGAUAAUUUCAAGAGGGAACCGGAAGAGGUGGAGGCGCUCAUGAUGCUGGCAAAGAGAAACUUGAAAGAGCUUGCUGGGCACGGCGAGGUGUUGGCCAGACACUCGGUGCGCUUGCGCAUUGUUGGAAGGAGGGAACUCUUGCCGAUCGACGUGAGAGCGGCAGUGGAGAGCGUAGAGCGAAUGACGCUGGGUAAUAAGAGGGCAACGCUCAACGUUUGCAUACCCUACGCCUCGAGAGACGAAAUGGCAGGCGCUGUACGCUCGCUCGUCGACCACGCAUCGAGAGUGAGGCAGAACGACAUGGAGCCGCAAUGCACGCAGGAUGCGCUGCAGCAGAGAAUGUUGCUGGCUCAUAGUCCGCCCGUCGACGUCAUGGUGCGCACGUCGGGCGUCAAGAGGUUGAGCGAUUUCAUGCUCUGGCAAUCUUGCGAAGAGACGCAUCUGCACUUCACGGCUAGAUAUUGGCCGCUCUUUGGACUGAGGGAACUCAUACCCAUCAUACUGGACUAUCAGCGCGCAGAGUGGAGGAGAAGAUUGAUGAGCUGGGCCAGCUAA